ACUCCCCGUCCCCACCACCGCCGCCUCCUUCUCCGAGUCAGUGCGCUCCGCCUCCGCCUCCGCCUCGGCAGGAGUCGCCACCACCGCCCCCACGCCGUCUCCCACCUCGCCGCGCGAUGCAGGCCCGCGUCGUCGUCUUCCCCGUCAAAGGCCGCGCCUGGUGCUUCGCCCGCCCGCGCGCCGCCGCGGCGCCCGCCGGCGAUGGCGCCCACCCGCCUCCGCCGCCGACGCUGAGGGACCUCUGGCGCGGCAUCACCUCCGGGGGGCGCACGGCGCCGGAGAAGGCCGAGUCCGUCGUUGACUUCGUCGCAGACAAGAUGAACCGGGCGUGGAUCGGGUUCGGGAGCGCGCCGGAGGGGUCGAUGAAGAGCCGGAUCCACAGCUUCGGGCUGAAGCUGCUCUCGCGGGUGCGGCCGUCGGAGGUGCUGUUGAAGUCCGUGACCAAGGAUGUAGGCGCGCUCGAGAUCGUGCAUCCGGCGAGCAUAAAUUCUCGUCUUGUGCGUCGAAGGUUGCGGCAUAUUGCUGUUAGGGGUGCGUCAGUUCACAAGAAAUUUCUUUAUGGCUCAGUUUGUUUGCUUCCAGUUACUAGUGUUUUCAUGGUACUACCUUUACCAAACAUACCAUUCUUUUGGGUAUUAUUUCGUGCUUAUUCUCAUUGGAGAGCUCUACAGGGAAGUGAGAGGCUCCAGUUGCUAGUUUCGGACUGCUCAGAUCAAUGGGAAGUUCUUGAGAAGGAGAUUGGUUCAGGAAAGGAUGGUAACCCUAAUGAAAAUGCCCGGUAUUCUCCUUCGAAGUUGCGGCCAUCAAAAAGGCUCGAUGGGUUCCUUGAAAGGAGAAACUUGGAUGAAGGUUUGGACUGUGAUACCAUUUCAAGGAUCUGCAAGGAGUAUGAUUUGGACAAGAUUGAUGUUGUCAAGUACAGGGAUCUGCCUUGACCAAAUUCAGAUCCUUGCUCUGAAUCCCCCCCCCCCCCCCCCCAUUGCCCACUGAUGUUUGUACUGUAAAAUUCUUCUAGCACGACCAAGCUUAAGGGUACAGGAGUUGCACGGGACCACUAACAAUUGGUCAUCCAAUGAGGAAAUUUUUUUAUAACAGCUUCAGUUUUAUUUUUAAAUAUGCUCCAAAUCAGUCGACUACUAGUGCAGUAAUCUGAGAAACAUAGAGUACACACUAGACUGUAGGAACCCAGGGUGGUUUGUUAUGUUGAACACACCAUGUACACAGCAAUUGACAUUUUGCUAGCUGCCUAGCUCUUCAACUUCAGCACCUGCCUACGAACUGUGAACGAGGCCAAGAGUAGGGUUGAGAAUUGAGAUCGACCAUUCAUAUUUCAUA